UCAUAACCACAGAGCCCCCUGCUGGUCUGGAAGAGACAAAACGCUUCAAGUGAGUAGAUGCACACACACGCAAGCGCGUAUGUUCAGUCAGUCAGUGGGAUACUUCACUGUGCGUGCGUGUGUGUUCCAGGCACCCUAACAUAGCGUGUGAGCUCCUGACGAGUGAUGUAGGGGUGAUAAAUGAUAAGCUGGGAGGAGAGAAGUCCCUGCUGGACACCCUGUACUCCUUCCUGGAGCAGCCCCCUCCCCUCAACCCCCUCCUUGCAUCCUUCUUCAGCAAGACCAUCGGAAACCUCAUCACACGCAAGACCGAACAGGUACAGUAACAAACACAUCUCACACACAGUUAAAGGGAUACUUCGGGGUUUAGGCAAUCAUACUUACCCAGAGUCAGACAAACUCAUGGAUACCAUUUUUAUGUCUCUGUGUGCAGUUUGAAGGAAGUUGAAGGUAUUAUAUCGUUAGCUUAGUGCAUUUGUUGGAAGUCUCCAGGAACUACUAGCCAGCUCCUCUCAAAAGCAGGGAAAUAGACCUUCUAACUACUCCUAAGCUGGGUGAUUGGUCAUUUAUAGUCUUACAAAGUUAUACAUAGUAAUCAAUAUUUUAUACAUUCGUACAUUUCUGAUAAUCGUAAGAAACAAGAUUCUAUCCACUUCCUCAUUCUGUCCCCUUGUUGCAUAGAGAUUGCAAUGUUGUAUCUGUCUCAGUGGCGCUGCCCAUGCGCUCACAGAUGCAAUAAUAGGACAGAUACAACGUUGUGAUCUCUAUACAUCUCUAUUCGACACCCAAACAGAAUGAGGAAGUGGAUCGAAUUUUGUUUCUUAUGAUUAGCUGUAAAAUUAACACAUUUAUAAAAUAUUGACUUCUGUAGCUUUAUAAGACUAAAUGACCAACCACCCAGCUUUGGAGUAGUUAGGUCUAUUUCCAUGCUUUUGAGAGGACCUGGAGACUUCCAGCAAUUGCGCUACGUUAACAAUAUGUUACCUUCAACUUUGUUCAAACUGCAUGCAGAGACAUAAAAAUGGUAUCAAUGAGUUCGUCUGACUCUUGGCAAGUAGGAAAAAAGGCUUAAUUGCCUAAACCCUGAAGUAUCCCUUUAAUGGUUAUAAUCUGGUUGUGUUGUGGUCCGUUUCCUGCAGAGCAAGGAAGGUUUUUUCUCUCUAGUGUAGAUAAUAAAAUUGGUUAGAAUAAUCUAUAUUGUUGUAUGAUGUUGAAAAUAGGUUUUUAGUUGAUGUGGUUGACAGGUGGUUGUAUUAUGGUUGCGUUGUGGUCUCUGUAGGUGAUCUCCUUCCUGCGGGGGAAGGAGGGUUUCCUGGGUCUGGUUCUUAAACACAUCAACACAUCGGCCAUGAUGGACCUCCUGUUACGCCUCAUCAGCUGUGUAGAGCCUGCUCCUCUCAGACAGGACACACUCAAUGUAUGUUUCUCACACACACACACACACACACACACACACACUCAGUGUGACGUAAAAUAUGUAAUGGUGUGUUUGUGUUCCCUCUGCAGUGGUUGAAUGAAGAGCGGCUGGCCCAGAGGCUCAUAGAGCUCAUUCACCCUGGGAAAGACAAGGAGGUGAGACACACACACACACACACACUAUCUACUGAUGACUAGAGUGCUGUCAGAGGAGUAACACCAGCCAUGUGUGUUUCAGAGACAGUCAAAUGCGUCCCAGACUGUGUGUGACAUCAUCCGUCUGAGCAGAGACCAGGCCAAUCAGCUCCAAGAGAACUCUGAGGCCGACCCUCUGCUUGCCGUGCUGGAGUCGUAAGUCUCUCUCUCUCUCACACUCACACUCACACUCACACUCACACACAAACACUCACACACACACCCCUACCUACCUGUAAUGUCCUCUGUCCUGUGUGUUCCUGCAGGCAGGAGUGUGUGGGUCAGCUGCUGGACAACAUGUUUGUGGGAGAGGGCACUGAGAGCUGCAUCGUCUACGGAACUCAAGUCCUUCUCACCUUACUGGAGAUCAGGAGGCCGGGGUGCGUGUUCUAUUCUCGCAUGCCUAAAAAGCUUACCAAAUGGGAUGUAUAGGAAUUUGGUCACAGGCUAGCCCCUCUUUGACUCACAAAUUUCCACAAAUCCUAACUGUGUUUUUGGUAUGUGGUGUGUGUGUGUUCCAGGGUGGAGGGUGUGUUGGAUGUGUGUGUUCAGGGAUAUGAGAGGUGUGUCAACAGCAGCAUCCUGCAGGCUGUCCAACCCCACCUCACACACUAUCACCAACUACUGCUGGAUCCUCCCAGGGUAAACUCGCACACACAGACACACACACAGGGUUGGGCGGUAUCCAGAUUUUCAUAUCGUUAUACCGUCCUUUUCGCAUCAUGGGAUUUACGGUAUUACUGGCUUAGUACGCAAGGGGGCACCAAAAAAUGCUAACAAAAUUAGCACAAGUAAUAGCGAAUUUCCAUGGAGGCUGCUAGCUUAAUAUGCUAACGAGCGCAAACGAAAAUAGACUAAUUGCAAAGACGGACAAUCCAGCUCAUAAAGUUAUACAUAUAUAGGUAUGAGCUACCGAAUGUCAUUUUUUGGGAUUUUGGACAUUUACAAGCGAAUGUGAACAAGAUAUAUUUACUGUGCAAAUGAACAAAGUUUUGACUCAUGCUUGUCUGAAGGAAGGACAGUACUAGCUCUGGAGCAGCAUGUGUACAAGCUGUGUCUGUGUGGAGUCUGGAGUCGCUAGGGCAACGGGGCCUGCCUGCUCUGCUCGGAGGAGGGGAGGAGCAGACAGGCCUAGAAUGGAGAGGAGAAAAAAUGCAAGGGAAUUAAGAUGGCACUGGCAGCUGUACAGAUAACUCAUCCAAAGGGCUUUGACUUCUCAAACACAGCAGAAAGCUAAUACAAAAUGAUACCCCAUCCCCUUAUUAAUUAAUCCACUUACUUACAUAACUAGCAAAUUAAACUUAGGGGUUGCUUUAACGCAGAAUUCUGCGUUUUUCACGCAUGACAAAAAGAUAAAACACAUAAGAAAUAUCGGGCAUUCUAUCAACAGACAGCGCUCUGACUGAUGUGUAGCUACUUUUACGGGCACUUUUCUCAAUGUAGCCAGACUAAUUUUCUCAGGUAAAAUGCAAGAUUAACAUAAAACAAAACAUUAGGAAAUGUAGCUGGCUACAUUCUUUCCGGGGGCGGCAGGUAGCUUAGUGGUUAAGAGCGUUGUGUCAGUAACCGAAAGGUCACUGGUUCUAAUCCCCGAGCCGACUAGGUGAAAAAUGUCUGUGCCCUUGAGCAAGGCACUUAACCCUAAUUGCUCCUGUAAGUCGCUCUGGAUAAGAGCGUCUGCUAAAUGACUAAAAUGUAAAAAAAUGAUGGCCAUGCAUUGUUUUAGCAAAAAAUACCUUGCUUUUUCAUUGUAAGCUCAUUUACUUGUGUGGCUGCCAGCCAAAUAGCGUAGCACUUCUGUUGUCAUCUGAUGAAAAUGAAGCUAUUUUAUGCCGAAUGUGUUGCACUAAUGUAUUUUCUGUGAAUGAUAACUUUAGUUGCACAUCCCUGAUCACUCUUUUGAAGCAAAAAAAACACUUGACUUUCAAUAUAGAACGCGACCCCUGUCAAUACACAGCUGGACUCACCUGCUCACGCUUUCUCACGUUGUGCUAUUUACAAAUUAACAGGUGAUGGCUCAACUGUUCUGUGGAACUAAGGUAAGCUUCAUAAUGUAAAAUAAUGUGACCGGUGAAAUGAAGAACACGAUCUGCUUUAUCUCCUAACGUAUUGCACAAGUUGACUGCAGGUAUUUACUUAAGUAGCUACAAAUAUAAAAAUGUAUUGAAAAACUUCAAAUAAAUCGUUUUUAAUGGUGUUGACGGUAUUCCAAAUACCCCGGUAUACCGCGCAAGCCUACACGCACAUGCACACUAUCAACAUACACAAAUCCUGUAUUCUCUGACUAUGUCACCCAUCCAGUCUUGCGGUGUUAUGUGUUGUACAGUCUCGGAGCUGUAAUGUCAGCUAUUCAACACAUCAUAAAACUAAAUUACACCUGUGUGUGUGUCUGUGUGCGCGUGUUUGUAGCGGACCCCCAUGCUGACCAGUCUAGGUGUGUUGGAGGUGCCACUGGGUAACUGUCGUCUCCAUGUGGCCAGACUGAUGGCCUCCCUACUACAGACCACUAACACAAGUUAUUACACCUGUUGUGAGGACACCAUUUAUAACAACACCGUCACAAUGGAGCUCUGCAGACUCCAGACCAUAAACCUUCUACUGGUGAGUACACACACGCACACCAUGUCCUGGUUUGUAUACAUAUUUUAACUGUUAACCUGUUUGUGUUGUGUGUUGCAGGACCUGUUCUUUAAGUACACCUGGAACAACUUCCUGCACUUCCAAGUGGAGCUGUGUGUGGCAGCCAUCCUCAGCCACUCUGCCCAGGAGGAGAGACCCCAGGUUGGCCUGGUUAUCCAGGAAAGGCCCUUGGUUCCCCUAGAGGACAUGCCCCAGGCCAGCUUUGCGACCCAGGAAAAGCCCAUGUUUCUCCAGGAGGAGAGGCCUCAGGCCAGCCUCCCAACCCAGGAAAAGCAGGCCUCGCCCGGCCCCAAACCCCCACUGCCCUCUGUUCCUCCUGACAUCUCCACACAUAACCCACUGGUGACCCAUGUACGAGUCUCUGUCUCUGCGUGCCUGUGUUCCUCUGUAACAUUCUCUCUCAAGGUCUCCCUCUCCCUCACGCUCGCUCUCUUUCUCUUCAUCUGUAGUUGUUUCAGGACUGUCGUCUGGUUCAGAGGAUAUUGGAGGCCUGGGAGGAGAAUGAUAAGACUCAGUAAGACACUCAGGGCUCUAUUUUCUGCUGGCACUAAGGAGGCACAAGUGUCAAACGCACAUUAGUUUGCAAUUUCGUCAUGUAAAAACUGCCGCAGUGGCAUUUUCCAGCCGUACGCCAGGUUCGACAAUUUACCUGUCUAACAUUAGCUCGCUUUCGCUGAGGUGGGAGGGGUGGCAAUAUUUGAGGUGUGUCCUUAAAAAGAAGCGCAAAAGUGACAAUUUCAUGUAGCGCUAAUGGGAAGAACCACAAAAAGCAGGUCUUAAGGGUAACGCAAUUGAUAAUGGCAUGGAUUUUGAGAGUGGAAGUGCAGCCUUACCAGGUGUAUCUCGUAUUUAGAAACAUACUAAAACUAUUGAUUUCCCCACAUUUCAUUUAAAAACCAAGCAUAUCCUACCCUCCCCUUAAUCAAAGUUGGUUUAGCAGCAUUGUAUAGGUGCAUAUUUUUAUCCUGGCCAUUAGCCAAGUAGCCUAUGAAUAAAGGCUUUUAAAUGGUCUACUGAGAGUGCUUUGAAAUAUGAGGAUUUUGCCAUCAUGCUAUCCAUCCCCAUUUUCAAAGAGCGCCCUUCAUCCUAUUACCAAAAACACGCUCCUCCAAACUAUUCAGUCCUCAUCUAAUGCCAUAUCAAUGGCAGAUGUUUUUGAGAAUCUGCCUCGCACAUAGGCAAUGAUACAAUUGACAGGUGCCUAAUAUUUUGUAUAGACGUGUGAAUGUAAUGCGUAAAGACAUUCAGGCCUACGUGUGCACACCGUGCCAUGGAACGAGAGAAGCGAUUUAUGAUAUCAUGCUUCUGACCCCAUCCUAUUUAGAAAUAUUGUUGGUGUUUUAAUAAACAGAUUGCUUGUUUUCUGUUUCAUAUCAAGCCCUCCAUAGGCUACCCUUACUCGAGGCUACCAAGGCUGGUUCAACAGCAAUGCGUUGUCUUUUUUACCCUGGCCUUGCAAAGUAGCCUAUCCAUAAAAGGAGUUUAAAAGGUCUAUUUGUCGGAGUGCCUUGAAUUGAAAAUAUACUGCACAUCCUAAAACAUACAGUGAGGGGAAAAAAGUAUUUGAUCCCCUGCUGAUUUUGUACGUUUUAUACAGGUAACAAACUGAGAUUAGGAGCACUCCCUUUAAGAGUGUGCUCCUAAUCUCAGCUCGUUACCUUUAUAAAAGACACCUGGGAGCCAGAAAUCUUUCUGAUUGAGAGGGGGUCAAAUACUUAUUUCCCUCAUUAAAAUACAAAUCAAUUUAUAACAUUUUUGACAUGUGUAUUUCUGGAUUUUUUUGUUGUUAUUCUGUCUCACUGUUCAAAUUUAACCUACCAUUAAAAUUAUAGACUGAUCAUUUCUUUGUCAGUGGGCAAAAUCAGCAGGGGUUCAAAUACUUUUCUCCCUCACUGUACACACACAUUCCUACCUGCAUACUUGAUUUCGUUUUUCAAGUAUCCAUCUCCAAAGAGUGCCAAUCUCUCAUGCGGUGACCAAAGACUCACUUCUCCAGAGUUAAUUAAAUUAUUCCGUCCUAAAAUGCAGUAUCAACGGUAGGCCUAGACUAUAUUUAGCAUAUUGAAAAUGUGCCUCACACAUAAAAUGUAUGGGAGCCUAGUAUUUUUUAUUUUAGGAGACGUGCAAUGCAUAAAGACAAGCAGGCUUGGCUAGGCUCGUUGAAGGGAAUUGCAAUGUUGAAAACAUAGGCUGUUGAGCAAACACUGGCUGUUGUGUUUUUUACUGUUGCUAUUACUUGUUACUGUAGCCUAUGCUAUUUAAUAAACUGUAGUAUCAAUCCACAAUGGGCCAGGAUGAGAAUACUCCGAAUUGGAGUUGAUGACAAUGCAAAUACCAUCAAUAACCUACAGAACUUGAAACAAAACGCAUGCGAUAUUAAGCCAAGGAAGCCAAGCCCUCAUCACACCGACAACUUGUUUAUUCAUGAAAACCCAGCCCUUUCGCGCCACCGCCAGCUAUUGCGCUCAUAAUUCCCUCUGUGAAAAUAGCAAAAAAUAUUUCUGACACACCCUGGACCUAUUGCGCUACCGCCAGUGCUUAGAUUUACCACUGCGUUAGGUUUGUUAAAAAUAGAGCCCUCAAACUGUUAAAGUUCAACAGUUCAGCUGUUUUUACUCCUGUUUUGUCAUCUGUGAUUGAUGUGUAAUAGUGUGUCACGAGUGUAGUGUUAACGUUUAUAAAUGUAAUUGUGCGUGUUACAUUUUGUCACGAACGUGUGUGUUCUCAGGGCAGAGGGGGGAAUGAGGAGAGGCUACAUGGGUCACCUGACAAGGAUCGCCAAUACUGUAGUCUGUAACAUGGAGAAAGGACCAGUACACACCCAGAUCAGCAGCCUCAUUACAGGUAGGGCUGUGUGUGUUACUUAGGCCUACGGGCAUAGCAAACCUAUUGUAGAAUAAAUGUGUGUAUGUGUGAAGCUCUCUACUGUCUGUGUGUUGCAGAGCUGCCUACGGAUUGCAAGGGGCGCUGGGAGAGCUUUGUAGACCAGGCCCUGACAGAGACCAACAGGAAGAACACUGUAGACCUGGUACCCAUACCUGCUCACACAAACGCACACCAGUGUUUCCCCUAGGGGUUUUUUUCAGCAGUGGUGGCAAGGUAGCCGGGGUUGGGGGGGGGGGGUGCAUUGCUACAAGCGGGGGACUUCCAGUCAUUAAGCCAACGACUAUCCAUCUAAAAGCGCGUCUCAGCAGAUAUAUAUUCCGACUUCAACUGUAUAUAUAUACACAUUUUACAUUUUAGUCAUUUAGCAGACGCUCUUAUCCAGAGCGACUUACAGUUAGUGAGUGCAUGCAUUUUUCAUAUAUAUAACCCAGCCCUUUCGCGCCACCGCCAGCUAUUGCGCUCAUAUAUAUAUAUAUAUAUAUAUAUAUAUAUAUAUAUAUAUAUAUAUAUAUAUAUAUAUAUAUAUAUAUAUAUAUAUAUAUAUAUAUGAGCGCAAUAGCUGGCGGUGGCGCGAAAGGGCUGGGUUAUAUAUAUGAAAAAUGCAUGCACUCACUAACUGUAAGUCGCUCUGGAUAAGAGCGUCUGCUAAAUGACUAAAAUGUGUAUAUAUACAGUUGAAGUCGGAAGUUUACAUACACUUAGGUUGGAGUCAUUAAAACUCGUUUAUCAACCACUCCACAAAUGUCUUGUUAACAAACUAUAGUUUUGGCAAGUCGGUUAGGACAUCUACUUUGUGCAUGACACAAGUAAUUUUUCCAACAAUUGUUUACAGACAGAUUAUUUCACUUAUAAUUCACUGUAUCACAAUUCCAGUGGGUCAGAAGUUUACAUACACUAAGUUGACUGUGCCUUUAAACAGCUUGGAAAAUUCCAGAAAUGAUGUCAUGGCUUUACAAGCUUCUGAUAAGCUAAUUGACAUAAUUGGAGUCAAUUGGAGGUGUACCUGUGGAUGUAUUUCAAGGCCUACCUUCAAACUCUGUGCCUCUUUGCUUGACAUCAUGGGAAAAUCCAAAGAAAUCAGCCAAGACCUCAGAAAAAAUGUGUAGACCUCCACAAGUCUGGUUCAUCCUUGGGAGCAAUUUCCAAACGCCUGAAGGUACCACGUUCAUCUGUACAAACAAUAGUAAGCAAGUAUAAACACCAUGGGAGCGCGCAGCCGUCAUACCGCUCAGGAAGGAGACGCACUCUGUCUCCUAGAGAUGAACGUACUUUGGUGCGAAAAGUUCAAAUCAAUCACAUAACAACAGCAAAUGACCUUGUGAAGAUGCUGGAGGAAACAGGUACAAAAGUAUCUACAGUGGGGAGAACAAGUAUUUGAUACACUGCCGAUUUUGCAGGUUUUUCUACUUUCAAAGCAUGUAGAGGUCUGUAAUUUUUAUCAUAGGUACACUUCAACUGUGAGAGACGGGAUCUAAAAAAAAAAUCCAGAAAAUCACAUUGUAUGAUUUUUAAGUAAUUAAUUUGCAUUUUAUUGCAUGACAUAAGUAUUUGAUCACCUACCAACCAGUAAGAAUUCCGGCUCUCACAGACCUGUUAGUUUUUCUUUAAGAAGCCCUCCUGUUCUCCACUCAUUACCUGUAUUAACUGCACCUGUUUGAACUCGUUACCUGUAUAAAAGACACCUGUCCACACACUCAAUCAAACAGACUCCAACCUCUCCACAAUGGCCAAGACCAGAGAGCUGUGUAAGGACAUCAGGGAUAAAAUUGUAGACCUGCACAAGGCUGGGAUGGGCUACAGGACAAUAGGCAAGCAGCUUUGUGAGAAGGCAACAACUGUUGGCGCAAUUAUUAGAAAAUGGAAGACGUUCAAUAUGACAGUCAAUCACCCUCGGUCUGGGGCUCCAUGCAAGAUCUCACCUCGUGGGGCAUCAAUGAUCAUGAGGAAGGUGAGGGAUCAGCCCAGAACUACACGGCAGGACCUGGUCAAUGACCUGAAGAGAGCUGGGACCACAGUCUCAAAGAAAACCAUUAGUAACACACUACACCGUCAUGGAUUAAAAUCCUGCAGCGCAUGCAAGGUGCCCCUGCUCAAGCCAGCGCAUGUCCAGGCCCGUCUGAAGUUUGCCAAUGACCAUCUGGCUGAUCCAGAGGAGGAAUGGGAGAAGGUCAUGUGGUCUGAUGAGACAAAAAUAGAGCUUUUUGGUCUAAACUCCACUCGCCGUGUUUGGAGGAAGAAGAAGGAUGAGUACAACCCCGAGAACACCAUCCCAACCGUGAAGCAUGGAGGUGGAAACAUCAUUCUUUGGGGAUGCUUUUCUGCAAAGGGGACAGGACGACUGCACCAUAUUGAGGGGAGGAUGGAUGGGGCCAUGUAUCGCGAGAUCUUGGCCAACAACCUCCUUCCCUCAGUAAGAGCAUUGAAGAUGGGUCGUGGCUGGGUCUUCCAGCAUGACAACGACCCGAAACACACAGCCAGGGCAACUAAGGAGUGGCUCCGUAAGAAGCAUCUCAAGGUCCUGGAGUGGCCUAGCCAGUCUCCAGACCUGAACCCAAUAGAACAUCUUUGGAGGGAGCUGAAAGUCUGUAUUGCCCAGCGACAGCCCCGAAACCUGAAGGAUCUGGAGAAGGUCUGUAUGGAGGAGUGAGCCAAAAUCCCUGCUGCAGUGUGUGCAAACCUGGUCAAGACCUACAGGAAACGUAUGAUCUCUGUAAUUGCAAACAAAGGUUUCUGUACCAAAUAUUAAGUUCUGCUUUUCUUAUGUAUCAAAUACUUAUGUCAUGCAAUAAAAUGCAAAUUAAUUACUUAAAAAUCAUACAAUGUGAUUUUCUGGAUUUUUGUUUUAGAUUCCGUCUCUCACAGUUGAAGUGUACCUAUGAUAAAAAUUACAGACCUCUACAUGCUUUGUAAGUAGGAAAACCUGCAAAAUCAGCAGUGUAUCAAAUACUUGUUCUACCCACUGUAUAUCCACAGUAAAACAAGUCCUAUAUCGACAUAACCUGAAAGGCUGCUCAGCAAGGAAAAAGCCACUGCUCCAAAACCGCCAUUAAAAAGCCAGACUACGGUUUGCAACUGCACAUGGGGACAAAGAUCGUACUUUUUGGAGAAAUGUACUCUGGUCUGAUGAAACAAAAAUAGAACUGUUUGGCCAUAAUGACCAUCGUUAUGUUUGGAGGAAAAAGGGGGUCGCUUGCAAGUCGAAGAACACCAUCCCAACCGUGAAGCACGGGAGUGGCAGCAUCAUGCUGUGGGGAUGCUUUGCUGCAGGAGGGACUGGUGCACUUCACAAAAUAGAUGGCAUGAAGAGGAAGGAAAAUGAUGUGGAUAUAUUGAAGCAACAUCUCAAGACAUCAGUCAGGAAGUUAAAGCUUGGUCGCAAAUGGGUCUUCCAAAUGGACAAUGACCCCAAGCAUACUUCCAAAGUUGUGGCAAAAUGGCUUAAGGACAACAAAGUCAAGGUAUUGGAGUGGCCAUCACAAAGCCCUGACCUCAAUCCUAUAGAACAUUUGUGGGCAGAACUGUAAAGGUGUGUGCGAGCAAGGAGGCCUAAAACCCUGACUCAGUUACACCUGCUCUGUCAGGCGGAAUGGGCCAAAAUUCACCCAACUUAUUGUGGGAAGCUUGUGGAAGGCUACCCAAAACGUUUGACCCAAGUUAAACAAUUUAAAGGCAAUGCUACCAAAUACUAAUUGAGUGUAUGUAAACUUCUGACCCACUGGGAAUGUGAUGAAAGAAAUAAAAUCUGAAAUAAAUCAUUCUCUCUACUAUUAUUCUGACAUUUCACAUUCUUAAAAUAAAGUGGUGAUCCUAACUGACCUAAGACAGGGAAUCUUUACUAGGAUUAAAUGUCAGGAAUUGUGAAAAACUGAGUUUAAAUGUAUUUGGCUAAGUUGUAUGUAAACUUCAACUUUGUGUAUAUAUGUAUACAUACAUACAUACAUACAUACAUACAUACAGUGCAUUCGGAAAGGAUCCACAUUUUGUUACGUUACAGCCUUAUUCUAAAAUGUAUUAAAAUAAAUAAAAAUCCUGAUCAAUCUACACACAAUAUCCCAUAAUGACAAAGCGAAACGUUUUUUAGAAAUUAUUGCGAAUUUAUUAAAAACAAAAAACAUUACUUAUGUAAAUAAGGUUUCACACCCUUUUGCUAUGUGACUCGAAAUUGAGCUCAGGUGCAUCCUGUUUCCAUUGAUCAUCCUUGAGAUGUUUCUACAACUUGAUUGGAGUCCACCUGUGGUAAAUUCAAUUGAUUGAACUUGAUUUUGAAAGGCACACACCUGAUUAUAUAAGGUCCCACAGUUGACAGUGCAUCUCAGAGCAAAAAUCAAGCCUUGAGGUCGAAGUAAUUUUCUGUAGUGCUCCGAGACAGGAUUGUGUCGAGGCACAGAUCUGGGGAAGGGUACCAAAACAUUACUGCAGCAUUGAAGGUCCCCGAGAAGACAGUGGCCUCCAUCAUUCUUAAAUGGAAGAAGUCUGGAACCACCAAGACUCUUCCUGGAGUUAGCAGCCCGGCCAAACUGAGCAAUCGGGGGAGAAGGGCCUUGGUCAGGGAGGUGACCAAGAACCCGAUGGUCGCUGACAGAGCUCCAGAGUUCCUCUGUGAAGAUGGGAGAACCUUCCAGAAGGACAACCAUCUCUGCAGCACUCCACCAAUCAGGCCUUUAUGGUAGAGUGGCCAGAUGGAAGCCACUCCUUAGUAAAAGGCAUGGCAGCCCACUUGAGGUUUGCCAAAAGGCACCUAAAGGACUCUGACCAUGAGAAACAAGGUUCGCUGGUCUGAUGAAACCAAGAUUGAAUUAUUUGGCCUGAAUGCCAAGCAUCACGUCUGGAGGAAACCUGGCACCAUCCCUACGGUGAAGCAUGGUGGUGGCAGCAUCAUGCUCCAGGGAAGUUUUUCAGCGGCAGGGACUGGGAGACUAGUCAGGAUCGAGGGAAAGAUGAACGGAGCAAAGUACAGAGAGAUCCUUGAUGAAAACCUGCUCCAGAGCGCUCAGGAACUCCAACUGGGUCGAAGGGUCGUUGUCCUGUUGGAAGGUGAACCUAAGCACACAGCCAAGACAACUCAGGAGUGGCUUCGGGACAAGUCUCUGAAUGUCCUUGAGUGGCAUAGCCAGAGCCCGGACUUGAACCCGAUCAAACAUCUCUGGAGAGACCUGAAAAUAGCUGUGCAGCGACACUCCUCAUCCAACCUGACAGAGCUUGAGAGGAUAUGCAGAGAAGAAUGGGAGAAACUCCCCAAAUACAGUUGUGCCAAGCUUGUAGCGUCAUACCCAAGAAGACUCAAGGCUGUAAUCGCUGCAAAAGUUGCCUUAACAAAGUACUGAGUAAAGGGUCUGAAUAUUUAUGUAAUUGUAUUAUUUCAUUUUAGUAUUUCUUAAACAUUUGCUAACAUUUCUAAAACCUGUUUUUGCUAUGUUGUUAUGUGGUAUUGUGUGUAGAUUGAUGAAAAAAAAUAAUAAUUUAAUCAAUUUUAGUAUAAGGCUGUAACAUAACAAAAUGUGGAAAAAGUCAAUGGGUCGGAGUACUUUCCGAAUGCACUGUGUAUGUGUGUAUAUUAAAAUGUGUAUAUAUAAAUAUGUGUUUUUGUUGCAGUGGUGGCAACAAUUUAGCAGUUAAAUUAAUAAAGAGGAAACUCUGCGUACACACACCAUCAAAUAUACUGAACAAAAAUAUAAACGCAACAAUUUCAGUUCAUAUAAGGAAAUCAGUCAAUUGAAAUAAAUACAUUUGGACCUAAUCAAUGUAUUUCACUUGACUGGGCAGGAGCACAGCCAUUGGUGGGCCUGGAAGGGCAUAGACCCACCCACUUGGGAGUCAGGCCCACCCACUGGGGAGCCAGGCCCAGCCAAUCCGAAUGAGUUUUUCCCCCACAAAAGGGCUUCAUUACAUACAGAUACACUGUCCGGGUGGAUGGUCUCAGAUGAUCCAGCAGGUGAGGAAGCCGGGUGUGGAGGUCCUGGGCUGGCGUGGUUACACGUGGUCUGCGAAUGUGAGGCCGGUUGGACGUACUGCCAAAGUCUGUAAAACGAUGACGGAGGCGUCUUAUGGUAGAGAAAUUAACAUUAAAUUAUCUGGCAACAGCUCUGGUGGACAUUCCUGCAGUAAGCAUGCCAAUUGUGCGCUCCCUCCAAACUUGAAACAUCUGUGGCAUUGUGUUGUGUGACAAAACUGCACAUUUUAGUGGCCUUUUAUUGUCCCCAGCACAAGAUGUACCUGUGUAAUGAUCAUGCUGUUUAAUCAGCUUCUUGAUAUGCCACACCUGUCAGGUGGAUGGAUUAUCUUGGCAAAGGAGAAAUGUUCACUAACAAAUCAAAUCAAAUUUUAUUGGCCACAUGCGCCGAAUACAACAGGUGAAGACAUUACAGUGAAAUGCAUACUUACAGCCCUUAACCAACAGUGCAUUUAUUUUAAACAAAAAAGUAAGUGUUGAGAAAAAAAGAGCAGAAGUAAAAUAAAAUAACAGUAGGGAGGGUAUAUAUACAGGGGGGUACCGGUGCAGUGUCAAUGUGCGGGGGCACCGGCUAGUUGAGGUAGUUGAAGUAAUAUGUACAUGUGGGUAGAGUUAAAGUGACUAUGUAUAAAUAAUUAACAGAGUAGCAGCAUCGUAAAAGGAUGGGGUGGGGGGGGCAGUGCAAAUAGUCCGGGUAGCCAUGAUUAGCUGUUCAGGAGUCUUAUGGCUUGGGGGUAGAAGCUGUUGAGAAGUCUUUUGGACUUAGACUUGGCACUCCGGUACCGCUUGCCGUGCGGUAGCAGAAAGAACAGUCUAUGACUAGGGUGGCUGGAGUCUUUGACAAUUUUGAGGGCCUUCCUCUGACACCACCUGGUAUAGAGGUCCUGGAUGGCAGGAAGCUUGGCCCCAGUGAUGUACUGGGCCGUACGCACUACCCUCUGUAGUGCCUUGCGGUCGGAGGCCAAGCUGUUGCCAUACCAGGCGGUGAUGCAACCAGUCAGGAUGCUCUCGAUGGUGCAGCUGUAGAAUUUUUUGAGGAUCUGAGGACCCAUGCCAAAUCUUUUCAGUCUCCUGAGGGGGAAUAGGCUUUGUCGUGCCCUCUUCACGACUGUCUUGGUGUGUUUGGACCAUGAUAGUUCGUUGGUGAUGUGGACACCAAGGAACUUGAAGCUCUCAACCUGUUCCACUACAGCCCCGUCAAUGAGAAUGGGGGCGUGCUCAGUCCUCUUUUUUUCCUGUAGUCCACAAUCAUCUCCUUUGUCUUGGUCACGUUGAGUGAGAGGUUGUUAUCCUGGCAAUACACGGCCAGGUCUCUGACCUCCUCCCUAUAGGCUGUCUCAUCGUUGUCGGUGAUCAGGCCUACCACUGUUGUGUCGUCGGCAAACUUAAUGAUGGUGUUGGAGUCGUGCCUGGCCAUGCAGUCAUGGGUGAACAGGGAGUACAGGAGGGGACUGAGCACGCACCCCUGAGGGGCCCCCGUGUUGAGGAUCAGUGUGGCAGAUGUGUUGUUACCUACCCUUACCUCCUGGGGGCGGCCCGUCCAUUUUUUACAUUUACAUUUUAGUCAUUUAGCAGACGCUCUUAUCCAGAGCGACUUACAGUUAGUGCAUACAUUUUUUUUUUUCAUACCCCCUGUGGGAAUCGAACCCACAACCCUGGCAUUGCAAACGCCAUGCUCUAUCAACUGAGCUACAUCCCUGCCGGCCAUUCCCUCCCCUACCCUGGACGACGCUGGGCCAAUUGCACGCUUCCCCAUGGGUCUCCCGGUCGCGGCCGGCUACGACAGAGCCUGGUGGGAAAGGGCAGUGUGGAGUGCAAUAGAGAUUGCAUCAUCUGUGGAUCUGUUGGGGCGGUAUGCAAAUUGGAGUGGGUCUAGGGUUUCUGGGAUAAUGCUGUUGAUGUGAGCCAUGACCAGCCUUUCAAAGCACUUCAUGGCUACAGACGUCAGUGCUACGGGUCGGUAGUCAUUUAGGCAGGUUAUCUUAGAGACCUUGGGCACGGGGACUAUGGUGGUCUGCUUGAAACAUGUUGGUAUUACAGACUCAGUCAGGGACAUGUUGAAAAUGUCAGUGAAGACACUUGCCAGUUGGUCAGCACAUGCUCGGAGUACACGUCCUGGUAAUCCGUCUGGUCCUGCGGCCUUGUGAAUGUUGACCUGCUUAAAAGUCAGGGAUGUAAACAAAUUUGUGCACAACAUUUGAGAGAAAUAAGCUUUUUGUGCGUGUGGAAUGAUUCUGGGAUCUUUUAUUUCAGCUCAUGAAAUAUGGGACCAACACUUUACAUGUUGUGUUUAUAGUUUUGUUCAGUGUACAUACACAUGUAAAACCCCUGGCCUCUGUGUUCCAGGUGUCUCACAACCUGCGCUCCUCCAGUGAAGACGAUGACAGACAGAGUCCCUUCCCCAAAGAGUUGUCACUGCAACAGGUACACACACACACACAUAUUUACAGAUAGUAAUCUACUGCUCCUACUCUGUCCUGGUAGCUACCAUAAUCCAGUUCUGUUUUAUAUGGCUGCUAUCUUCCAGACAUUCUCAGACUACCAGAUCCAGCAGAUGACUGCUAACUUUGUGGAUCAGUUUGGCUUCAAUGACGACGAGUUCUCAGAACACGGCGACAACAUCAAGUAAGACGCAAACAUGCAACAUCAAGUUAAUCCUCUUAAGUGGGUCUGACUUGAUUGUGACUGAGUGUGUAUGUUCUGUGCUGCAGCGCCACCUUUGUCCGGAUCACAGAGAUCAACUUCAACGUGGACACAGAGGACACUGUGAGUGACUGAGUCAAUAGCCUCUACCUCCUAGGUGCUUCCAUUUUUGAAAUUCACUGUUUGUCAUUAUCUAAACUGGUCUAAGAGUACAGUCAUGCAUGGAAUCUAUACGCAUACAUUGUUGUGUGUGUGUGCGUGCGCUCACAGGCUAAGACUGCAGCAUUUGAGGCCUGCACUAAGGAGAAGAUCCAGUUGUUUGAUGACAGCGAGGAGGAAGACAUCUGGGAGGAGAGAGAGAUCAACUAUACCACGCACACCAAGUCUAGGACCAGGUACACACAAACUCAGAUUAACAAUACAACACACCAGGACCAGGUACACACACACACACAUAGGCCUACAGAUAUGCUAUCUUAAUUUGAAGCUGCUUCUCACAGCAGGAUUAUACUUAAUGGAAAUGUUUGUAUGGGUUGAUACAUUUUUCGUUAGGGAAAAUCUAAUCUGACAUUUUAAAGUGGAAAUUACAAACUUUAGAAGCCUUUUUAAACCAUGAAUACAAUAGAAUGUGCAUUUCCUGCUGCUCAGGAAAAUUAUUUGUGACAACAGAGUGAUCAUAUUUAGAUAGCAGAUCUAUAUGCAGACACACACAAGUAAUGCUCCCUCUCUUGGUCUCUCAGGUUUGGGGGGCCGCAUACGUCUGUUGGAUCGGCUCAGAGUGAUGGGGUGAGCGAUACUCCUGAUAGGUCAACAGGUUCUGACACAGAUGAAGGUGAGGUGCCUAAUGAGGUCACAGGUCAGACUGAACACAGCAAGAACAUCAGCCAGACAGAGACUGCACAGAGUAAGAAUGACUAUUUGAACCCAGGUCUGUUUGUGUUUGAGUAUUUCAUGGGUUUGCUUUGGAGUGUUUUUGUGGUUGUGUGUAGUUAUAAUUUUCUUUGGUUGUGUGUUGCUGUGGUAGUAUAUAUUUAUCCUUCUGCCUGUUUUGUUUGUGUGUGUCUGGUGCUCAGCUCUGAGUUGUCUUUUCUCAGGCCCUGGCUGGGCGGCUAGUUUCGGGGAGGUGAACUUUAACUCCCCCUCAUCUGGAGUGGACAUGGACCCAUGGGGUAGCCCCGCCCCCAUGCCUGGAGUGGGUGUAGACCCAUGGGGUAGCCCCGCCCCCAAGCCUGGAGUGGGUGUAGACCCAUGGGGUAGCCCUGCCCCCAAGCCUGGAGUGGGUGUGGAUCCAUGGACUACCCCCGCCCCCAAGCCUGGAGUGGGCGUGGACGCAUGGGGAAGCCCUGCCCCCCAGCCCGUAACUACAGAGGCUGAGAAGGGCUGGGCCAAAUUCACUGAUUUUCAGCCCUUUUGCUGGUGAGUGUAGCCACGUUUCAGCCUGUCUUUUUGAACCUUCUGCUGCUCAUGUAUAGGUUUAUAUUCUGACGUGUAUGUGUGUGUGUGUGUGUUCAGUUCAGAGACAGGUCUGAGGUGCACUUCUCCAGUGAACUCAGAGAUCUGUGGGUCAGACAAAACCAAACCCAGCCAGGGAAAGAACCGUAAGUCUGUGUGUGUUCUUCCUGCAUUGUGAGUUGUGUGUGUGUGUGUGUACACUGAGUGUAUGAAAUAUUAGAAACACCUUCCUAAUAUUGAGUUGCACCCCUUUUGUCCUCAAAACAGCCUCAAUUCGUCGGGGCAUGGACUCCACAAGGUGUCGAAAGCGUUCCACAGGGAUGCUGGCCCAUGUUGACUCCAAUGCUUCCUACAGUUGUGUCAAGUUGGCUGGAUGUCCUUUGGGUGGUGGAUCAUUCUUGAUACACACAGGAAACUGUUGAGUGUGAAAAACCCAGCAGCGCUACAGUUCUUGACACACUCAAACUGGUGCUCCUGGCACCUACUACCAUACCCUGUUCAAAGGCACUUAAAUCUUUUGCCUUACCCAUUCACAUGAGACAUGGAUUGGCACACAUACCCAAUCCAUGUCUCAAUUUUCUCAAGACUUAAAAAUCCUUCUUUAACCUGUCUCCUCCCCUUCAUCUAACUGAUUUGAAGUGGAUUUAACAAGUGACAUCAAUAAGGGAUAAUAGCUGGUCAGUCUAUGUCAUGGAAAGAGCAGGUGUUCUUAAUGCAAAGUAUGUUCACUUUGCAGAGCAUGUUUGUAUAACCGUGUGUGUGUUUUCUCUGCAGCGUGUGUGUGGAGUGUUUGUGUGGCGAGGAAGGCUCCCCUGGUAGCAUCAGACACCUCUUCAUCAGGAGGCUCAGACAGCGAGGAAGAGGAGGAAAAGACUGAAUCUGUUACUAUGGAGAUGGUAUCCAAGGAAAUGGUCACUACAGAGACCAUUGUCACAACCGCUGGACUGGAGACCAUCAGACUUACCAUGGAUGCCAAGAACGAGAGAGCUGGCACCAGGUAUAUACUGUGUAUUCGGAAAGAAUUCAGACCCCUUCAUUUUUUCCACAUUUUGUUAUGUGACAGCCUUAUUCUAAAAUGGAUUAAAAUCGUUUUUCCCCCCUCAUGAAUCUACACAAAACACCCCAUAAUUACAAACCAAAAACAGGUUUUUUGACAUUUUUGAAAAUGUAUAAAAAAUAAAAAACUGAAAUCACAUUUACAUACGUUUUCAGACCCUUUACUCAGGACUUUGUUGAAGCGCCAAGGACAUUCAGAGACUUGUCCCGAAGCCACUCCUGAGUUGUCUUGGCUGUGUGCUUAGGUUCAUUGUCCUGGCUCCGUUCAUCUUUCCCUCAAUCCUGACUAGUCCCCCAGUCCCUGCCGCUGAAAAACAUUCCCACAGCAUGAUGCUGCCACCACCAUGCUUCACCGUAGGGAUGGUGUCAGGUUUCCUCCAGACGUGACACUUGGCAUUCAGGCCAAAUAGUUCAAUCUUGGUUUCAUCAUACCAGAUCAUCUUGUUUCUCAUGGUCUGAGAGUCCUUUAGGUGCCUUUUGGCAAACUCCAAGCGGGCUGUCAUGUGCCUGAGGAGUGGCUUCCGUCUGGCCAGUCUACCAAAAAGGCCUGAUUGGUGGAGUGCUGAAGAGAUGGUUGUCCUUCGGGAAGGUUCUCCCAUCGAGGCCACAGUGUUUUUGGGGACCUUCAAUGGUGCAGAAAUCCUUUGGUACCCUUCCCCAGAGCUGUGCCUCGACACAAUCCUGUCUCUGAGCUCUACGGACAAUUCUUUCGACCUCAUGGCUUGGUUUUUGCUCUGACAUGCACUGUCAAUUGUGGGACCUUUCCAAAUCAUGCCCAAUCAAUUGAAUUUACCACAGGUGGACUCCCUUGAGAUGUUUCUACAACUUGAUUGAAGUUCAAUGGAAACAUGAUGCACCUGAGCUCACUUUCGAUUCUCAUAGCAAAGGGUCUGACACAAUUUGUUUUAUUUAAUCCAUUUUAGAAUAAGGCUGUAACGUAACAAAAUGUGGAAAAAGUGAAGGUCUGAAUACUUUCCAAAUGCACUGUACUCACACCCACUGUUUCUCUGUUUAGUAGUGCAGUAUGUUCAGGGCCGGCGUUAUGGGGGGGCCUUAGGGAGCCGUACCUCUUUGCCCUUCCAAAUACAAUAUUGAUCAUUUAUUUGACCGAGAAGUGCGCCAACAGAAAGACUCAUCAAUCUUAGUUUAAAGCAUCCGAGUGAGCGAAACGGCGCCCCUCUGUCUUAGUUCGUGUAGACGAUGUAUCUGAUGCUGUCUGGACCAAAAGAGUAUGGCAUGUCAUACUAUUUCUGGAGAGCAUCAGAUACAUGGGCUACAUAUAGAGGUGCGCUGUUUCGCUCGCUCUGAUGCUUUCUCCGGUGAUAUACAUCUCCCGAGCGGCGCAGUGGUCUAAGGCACUGCAUCGCAGUGCUAGCUGUGCCAGUAGAGAUCCUGGUUCGAAUCCAGGCUCUGUCGUAGCUGGCCGUGACCGGGAGACCCAUGGGGCGGCGCACAAUUGGCCCAGCGUCGUCCAGGGUAGGGGAGGGAAUGGCCGGCAGGGAUGUAGCUCAGUUGGUAGAGCAUGGCGUUUGCAACACCAGGGUUGUGGGUUCGAUUCCCACGGGGGGCCAGUAUGAAAAAUAAAACAAUUGUGUAUGCACUCACUAACUGUAAGUCGCUCUGGAUAAGAGCGUCUGCUAAAUGACUAAAAUGUAAAUGUAAAUAUAGUUUCAGCAGAGAGGAAGAAGCGAAGCGAGAGGGCUCACUCUUGCCAAAAUCAGUCCAGAAUAAGCCCAGUCCAGAAUAAACCCAAUUCAUUUAUAUGGGAAUAAUAUACAGACCUAAGCUUGUCGCCUGCCUUCCCGCCUUUGGUACAAAGACUCCCAUUGUUAGGGUGGAGACAUGGGCAUCUCGUCAUUAUGUACAGAUCUCUGGUUUCAGCCUCUUGCGAAUUGGAAAGGAAAGUUGGCAGGUGCACACUGCACUGUUAGGAUGCUGGAUUGCCCUAAAGUAAAUUGAUGUUUCGCCAAAAUUAUAUAAUUACUCCUGUCUAAAUAAAAUCAUUCAAAAUACUUCACCAGGGAGCAUGACUUAGCCACAGAGGAUAAUUAUCUUGUUAUUAUUAUUUUAAUUGCUGUGGAUUGUUUAAAAUCACAAGUGUGUUUGGGAAGCCUGCGAUUUGGGUAGUGCGCGUGGUAAUGGGUUUAGCUGAUUGAGUUGCAGCUCUCAGUGAAAAGCAUCUAAAAUAUGUGUGAAGAUUUGUCUUGAGUAUAAUUUAAAAUGUUGCAUCAAGAAGAAGGGGAGGGGGGUGUGGCAAAGCUAUGGUGAGUAUCUCUCCAGAAUGCAUGCAUAUGUAGGAAAGUGAUUGUCUUAACUCACCAUGUACACCACUCAUUUUUUCUUCAACUCACACAAGUCAACGAAGUCUGUUUUUUUAACAUCCAUUGUGAAUGAUAGUUCCUCAGUAUCUGAAAAAUAUUUCCAACACUCCCAGCCUUGCUAAUCACCAAGCGGUGUGAAAGAGCAAAAUAUCACGAUCUAAUGAUCCCAGUGGAAACGUCAUAAAAACAGCUUUCUGUCCCGAGCUCACUGGCGCAGGAAACUCUCCGGGCCCGGAAUAGGCUAGUUGAUACAAUGUUGCAAGUUCGCUAGCGACAGCCUCUGGCCAGAACAAGUGAUGAGUCAUUUAGCCGAUGCUCUUAUCCAGAGGGACUUACAGGAGCAAUUAGGGUUAAGUGCCUUGUUCAUGGGCAAAUUGACAGAGUUUUCACCUAGUCGGCUUGGGGAUUCGAACCAGCAACCUUUUGGUUACUGGCCCAACGAUCUUAACCGCUAGACUACCUGCCGCCCUACAAUGUUGCACUUCACUAGCAAUAGUUCAAGUCAAGACAGAUAGAAAGGGAGGCGGAACAGAGAGAUGAAUGUGAUUGAAAGAACCAGAAUUUUCAUCACGAUAUUUUCUACUGUUUUUAUUUGUCGGCUUUAGGCCUAUGUAUUUGACUUAGUUGACGAUGGAAGUUAUAGGCCUACUCCUGCAUCUCUGAGUUCUAUGCUCUCAUUUCUUUAGCCGCCAGUGGAUCAAUAUGUCCAUAUGGCAGAGGCUAUUGCUCUCCCAAUAGUUGAAUUUUAAUUUUGAGAUUUUUAUGAUUAACCACGUGAAAAUGAUUUUGAGAAACGAAAACGUUAUUAUCGAAAUUUAACUGUUCCACGAAUAUACACAUAUAAAAAUAAUCAUAACUGGCACGCAGAUCGGUAGAAAUGGUAGGAUAAAUUGUAAGCUUCCCCAAACUUGAAACUCACGAGCUGCCUAUGGUCUUUACUAUUACAUCCAUGAAAAAACGUGGUGCCGGGUCUGAAUUUAUUCCCCUCCCUGCCUUACUGUCCACACCACUCCUCUGAUCUUACCUUCUCUCCUUCCCACCCUCCCAAUACUCAUUCUUUCCUAAUCUGUCCUCCCAACUCUUUUCCUUUCCUACUCUCAUCUUUCCCCCAGUCGUUUCUUCCUCUCCUCUACUCCCUCAUUCCCUAUCCUCUCUUAUCCACUCCCCCAUUUCCUCCCCUCGCCGCCUCAUGUAGUGUAUGAGGUCUACAACCACAGUGUGUUGCCUGUGGAGUUUGUAGCAUUGGGAGUUUGUUACAAAGUGUACAACACUUUGCAGACCAAAAACCAACGACCUAGUGUGUGUUAGCCACAGGUGAAUUCUGCUAAUAAGGCAUUGAACUUUGUGUGCAACUGCAUGAUAACUAACUGUAUGUUUGUGACCUCUGACCUUUGGAUGGGCAUCCCUCCGUUCCUCUCUGACCCAAUCACUAUGCCUCUCUACUCUAGGUCUGUGCUGAGGUCUACUAGGGGCAAAUCUGAAUAGGCUCGAAAAUCCUAUAUAGUGCACUACUUUUGGCCAGAACCACAUAGGCCUGCCACAUAGGGCUCUGUCUAAUAAUAGUGCCCUAUACAAGAAAUAGGUUGCGAUUUGAGACACAACCAAGAUGUUCUUAGUUGUGCCUUUCUACUUUUACAGUGAGGCUGACAUGAAAGAGAAGGAAAAUGAGAAAGAGAGGGUGAUGGGUAGAGGAGACCUGCUUAAUGCCACCGCUGCUCCUCUCACAGAUCGGCCUGCCACCGUCACAAAGUAAGUAUGUGUGUGUCUGUCUGUCUGUCUGUCUGUCUGUCUGUCUGUCUGUCUGUCUGUCUGUCUGUCUGUCUGUCUGUCUGUCUGUCUGUGUUGUGUACCUGCUUCUUCACUGACACCACCCCCUCCACUCUCCCCACAGAGAGACACCCUCCUCAGCAAACGGACUGGCCUAG